AUGCUUCCCCCCAACAUCUUUUGGUGCCUGCUAUCCUUCGCCGUGGGGAUUCGAGGUUAUGCGGUAUCACAGCCGACACAAGUCGAUCUCUCUGUAUCUACUGUCAGCUCCGGCUUCUCUGACAGCGCUCUUGCUGCACGCAAUAUCAAGGCCAUCAAUCUACAGACCACUACAAGCUCCACUUCAUGCGGCUCAGACCCAUGUAAAAGCGCGACUACAAGCUCUGCUUCCUGCUCUUCCUCAGAUCCAUGCCCAAAGGAUACCACAGAGACCGAAACUCAUCUCGCAACCGUAACGCUACAGACUACAGAGAUGCAGACCGCGUACAUCACUGACCACGUCACCACCACUCAACACACAGUACGGAUGUUCACCAAAACCAUCAACGUUGCAGAGACUGUAACGUCAACCUCGACAGUGACAGGAUGCAGCACUUUCACAACCAUUGUGACGACGGUGUGGUCGACGACGACUACCACGAACAUACAUCCUGCACCCACCUCAACGAGUUCGGGAUGUGGAAGUGCUAGUUGCACGGUGACUACCUCGGUGUUUACUGACAAGGAUGUACCUACCAGCACCACACCCGCGAGCACGGCUACAGCUUCUGGUUAUGAUGUUGUGGAAGUGAUCUCGGAGGAAAAGAUGAAGGAGCUGCUAGCAAAUAAAAAGAAGGAGCAGCAGGUUGCAGAGAAAAAGAAGGAUAUUGCAGACAAGGAACUUCAGCAGAACGGUGCAGGGAGGAGCGCGGCCAAGCUCGUUGCUCGGCAGAGUAUGGAGUCUGACGGCGAUUUCUCUGCUUUGGGAGGACUUACCAAGGAACCCAGCGUACGUGCGGUCACACUGCCACCCUUUGGAACGACGCUUACGACCAGAACGCUUCGAGUUCCUCGCGGAACCGAAACUGUUGGUACCAAGACCACUACGCAGUCUCCUUCAGUCUCGGCAGGGAGACCAAGAUUCGAGGGUUCAGAAGUUGGAAUGGUUGAUUCUGCUGCAAGUACAACACUGACUGCUCGUUCAAGUCUGGCUUGCAUCACCAUUCGCUCACAAGGAGCUCAUUCGACAAUCUGCCCAGAUAGCUCAUGUUGGAAUGGUGACUGUUGA